AACCGGAAACAAUUGUCAACAUCGUCAGGGAAGUCGUGCGGUAGUAAAGCGAAGACAACCGUCCACAAAAUGAUAAGGUCGUAGUGUAGGUUAUUUUUGUUGUCAUGACAGAGAUGUUGUCCUCGCUGUAUGGUCAGCCUGACUCACAGGGUCCAGCAGGGCCAUCUGCGCUCGCCUUUGGAUCUGGGAAGCCUCGGGUAACGUUAUCCCAAAACAUGGGUCCGAUGUGUUUCCCUCAUCAGAUGGUGGAUGAAAGGGGUCCGAUCAGAACACCCGCCGCGAUGAACGAGCCUUUCUACAUGCUGCAAGAACUGCCCAUGGAGAAUGAGCUGACGGGAGACACGAAUCUCAUCACACACUACAACCUGGAGCACGCUUAUAACAAGUUCUGCGGGAAGAAGGUGAAGGAGAAACUCAGCAACUUUCUCCCUGAGCUUCCUGGUAUGAUCGACAGCCCAAGCAUUCAGGACAACAGCUCUAUGCGAUCUCUCAUUGAGAAGCCACCAGUGUGCAACAACUCGUUCAGUCCUCUCACUGGGGCUAUGCUGACUGGCUUCAGGCUACACACCGGCCCUUUACCAGAGCAGUACAGACUGAUGCAUAUUCAACCACAGAAGAAGAAGAACAAGCACAAGCAUAAACAUCAUCGGCCUCAGGAUCCCUUACCACCAGAAAUGCCAUCAGAUUCAGACCAUAAGAAGAAGAAGAAGAAGAAGGACGAUGACCCAGACAGAAAGAAAAAGAAGAAAGAUAAGAAGAAGAAGAAGAAUCGCCAUAGCCCUGAUCAGCCAGGCAUGACUGGGGCUCAGCCCAGCAGCAGCUUGAGAUGAGAACUGCCUCGGUGGCAGGAAAAACUAGAUGAAAAACAAGCUGGAUAAUUGGGCCUUUUCUGGGACCUCACAGAUUUAAUGUUACAGUGGGUCAGAUGGCAGAUGUGUGUAUAUAUGUGUAAGAGUAUAUGUAAUGUACCAGA